AGCAGCGCAGCCGGCGGUGCGGAGAGCCGGUUCGGGAAUAGCUCCUUGCGCAUACGUCGCUGGUGGGGAGGCUGCUUUGCAGGGUCUGGUCUACACUGCAGCACAAAAUACGGAAUGAAUUCUUCACAUCUGAAUCAUAUUUUUCCACUCUUUCCUUUCUACACAUUUGCAACAUGAAUAAUAGCUUAUCUCAAAGAGUAUUAAUCCAGCCACAUGAUCAUCAUGCUAAUUUAAAAGGACCAUCUUUAAGUGAUGGCAUCUGGCAUCCAAGUCUGCAUGACUCUCAGGAGUCUGAUUCUGAAAGCCUUACUCAAGAGAUACAAUAUCAGUUAGAACUUCAAAAACGGAUUUAUGAAAAUGAAGUACUGAUAGGCCAGUCUUCUGAUGAGCUGGAGAAUGACAGUUUAGACGAAGAUAGUCUGGAGGAGAAAAGUCUGAAUGAAUCAGAAGGAGCAAAUUAUGACAAAGUACAGUUUUCAAAUGGAAAAGAUCAUGGAAAACAUAAUGAAAGCAAACAGCAACCUACAGACAGAUACUGUAACCUAAGAUACAAUCCCAACUGGAAGAGCAAUAACGAGGGAACAAAAUUUUCUGAAGUGAAUAGAAGACACCACGUUGCAGAGAAAAUCUCACAGGGCUCAUCUUACCUCUCUUCCAAGGACGUCUUGGAGGAAAAUAAUCAUCUGGUAGAAAGACAAAAUGUAUCUUCUGCAUUUGAUACAGAAUUAUUAAGCCUUGAUGGUCAACCUGUUGGGAUAAGCAGUGUACCUUUUAGAUUGCAUACAAAAGGAGAGCUAUCAGCAGAUGAUUGUCAAUACAAAGACAAUUCCAGUACAUACAGUGAUGUUUUUUCUCCUCGAUCUGUACAAGUUCAGCAACAGAGAGCAAAAAAAGACUUUGUGGAAAAAAAUAAACUUACUUUGGGAUUAGCCACACCAAAACAGGAUUCUUAUCUUCAUCUGCACAGUAGAAAGCGAGAGGAAGUUCAUCAAGGGCAGGUUUCAGAUGUUAAAACUGCUGAUGAGAGGCCUAUUCAGAAUGCCAUUGACUUUCAAAGCAUGGCCAUGGAUCCUGAAGACAAAUGGCUCCAGAGGUCACACCAAUUAAAGGAUCACCAAAAUAAACGGCCCCAGGCAGACAGAACAAAAUUAAAUCGAGUGCUAAGAGAGAGAUCUUUACCAGCAAAUGAUGUCCAGCAUCCACCAGGAAGACUAGCAGAACCAAGACCUCAGUAUCACACACAUCGCAAUGUAUCAGAAUUUGAGAACUUUCAUAUGGAUUCGAACUCUUCUGAGGUGCUAGAACUUGAAAAAGAUGACAAUAGUUCACUGCAUAGUUGGUUACAAACAAAUCCCUUCGUUAAUCCAAUUACUCCUUUCAUUAAGGCUAGUUCAGCAGCAGAUUGGGAGACACACUCAAAUACUUUACAAAAUAAUUCAGAUCUGGUAAACCGGAAUCAGAAGCAAAUCUCCAUGAACUUGGCUUCAUCUAGGCACCAUCUUGAACUAACAACGCAUAAAAACACUACUGGGUUGAAUUUAUCUCCAGCAUAUAUUAAUGAAGAAAACAAGAAAUAUCAGCACAACUCCAGAAACAGACCUCCAUAUCAUCAGCAACAUUUACGGAAUAGUUAUGUUUUGGAGCCUCUUCCACCUGAUGGGCACGCCAUGGGUCACAUGCUCCUAAACCAGAAGAGCAUCAUAUCUACUUACAAUGCUAAUUUCCAAGAAUCAGUAAAAGACCAAGUUUCAACUCAGAAUCAUAGAAAGCAAUUUUAUAUAGACAAAAGCCGUCACAACAACUGUGCUACCAACAGCUUGUGGCCAUCCCAGUUCAAGCCGCUAGCAGGCCCUUCUCCAGCCACACAACUUAUACAGACAAUGGAACAACAUCAUCAAAGAAUCUCUCAUCUGGAAGACACUCACCUUGCCGAAAGGCAGUUCUCUGGCUUGUUUCCACCUGUAAUCCCAAGGGUAGAAAGUGACUCAGAGAUUAAUACAGAAAGAAGUGAAGGAAGCCGAGUAAAAAUUAGUCGCAGCAACUCAGAAGGGUACCUGCUGCAAAUGGAAAAGCAAAAACAGCUGAAGGAAAAAGGGACUAGGAAGCCUUCUAGGCCAAGAAACUACAUGAACCUGGAUGUGAAGCUUGGAGGCCUUGGACCUGACUAUGAAGCAGUCAGAGAGAAAACUGAAAAGUUAAAUAAGCAAAAGGAAUAUGCAAAGCAAGUUAAGGAAUACAACAUGAAGAACGUUGCUACUGCGCAGAAAUCACCAGCAAAACCUCCGAUCAAGUCAUCAUUAUCAAGACAUAAGGCUCUGGAAUAUGCUAAGAAGAUUCCUAAACCAAAACCUUUCUCAGCAAAACAAUCAGAUGAAGAACCAAAAGAGGAAAGAACUCCAGCACAUACUUUAAAAGGACAGAAUUUACCUCAGAUUUCCUCACUGAAAACUCUGCAAAACAGGCAUGAAAUAGAGAAGCAAGUUGUGGAUGCUUUCAAAACCCUUCACAUUUUAUAAUAAGUUUGAAAUUAUUAGGGAGCUGUAGAGGGUAGACAGUAUCUGAACUGUUUACAUGGUGCAUUAAAUUAUGUAUGUUUCCCAGAUACAGAAUUUCAGGACUCUGCUACUUAAAUAAGAGCCUCUACCAUCAAAAAAAAAUUGAUUUCAAAAGGUGAAAUAUUUUCAGAUCAACUGCCCGUAUUUUAGUCUAAUUUUACUAUAGCCAAAUUAUUAUUUUUUAAAACAUAAUCUUUAUUUUAGAAUUGUGCUUCUUUUUAUUCUAUUGUUUCCUUCCUUGGAAUAUCCUGAUUAAGUUGCUGCCUCUUUCUGAGCAGUUAUCCAGAAAGAGUGUCCAGUGGAUUUCGGUGCCUACAAGGUUCAGUAGGAGUUUUGUGAAUUGCAGCAGAACCUAAACAUGGGACUUUGAUGCCUAAACACAUUUGCAAAUCUAGAUCUGUAUGUCCUAUUAGUCUUUCCCAAAAUGCUCGUUCUUUUUAUGCUGUGAAAUCAACCUACAGCUACUUACUAAAACAUUUUUUAUAUUUUACAUAAUG